AUGAAUAAUUUUCAAAAAGCAUUAAAAAUAGCAGUGUACAGCAGUAAAGGAGAAAAAAGAGAGCAUAGACAGGCAGAAGUCCUGAAAAUAACAAGAGAAAGAACGGGCUAUGUGUACAAUCUGUUCCUGUCAAAUAGAAUAACACGGAAAGAGAUGGGAGAGCACAUAAGAAAAGGAGAGGCAGACUUUUCACUUAUCCAGCACUGGAGGAAAGAAAAGACAAAAGAAAGGCUGUGCUGCUUGCUGUGCAUAAGAAAAGGAAAGAGGUGUGUGUGCAGAAAAGUCAAAGGCAUUGAGUGCAGCAACUGUCUAUGCAGGGGAGAGUGCAUGGGAUAG